AUGUUAAAUUGGUUCUCUCGUAUCUCAACAUGGCUAUUUAUCGAAAUGCUAGCCACAUUAAUUCUAGUCAUCUUAAAUCUCAUCAUCCCGAUGCUGAUGAUAUUUUCUUCGUAUCGUAAUAUCGUUAAUUUCUACUUUUCAAGCGUCGCUUUGGCAAGCUCGUUAAUUAAUACUUUGUACCUCUUUUAUCUCGUGCAAUCACUUCGUUCAAAAGUUCUUCUUGAUAUCAAUUGUCGUGCCAUUUAUUAUCUCCAAGCGUCGUGCAUUGUCGUUCUCGCAUAUACGGUCACUGCAAUGCAUGCUAAUUUCGUCUUAUCUUUGUUUCCGUCGUCAACUAAAACACAACGAACAUGUUUGCAAUCGUGUGGUGCAACUUUACGUCGAUUUUUCCGUCGAUUUUGCUUUUGUCUUGUCCUGUGUGUAUGGUCAUUUUCAUUUACCUCCACGAUUCCCCUAUUGUACACAAUCGAUUCAAAUGAAAAAGCACCUAAGCCUGUCUAUUGUCCAGGCACCACGCAGAUCAGUUAUCUCGAAGAAUGGUUUGAUCGGAAUCGUUUCACUCAAACUGUCGUGUUCUAUUUAAUACCUCUGUUAAUCAGUUCAUUUCUAACCUUGGUUGCUGUUUUAAAGAUUCUUUACGAUUGUUUCCAGUAUAUUUUUCUACGAAUCAAAAUGUCGAGAUGUUCACCAUGUCGACGGAGAUAUGUGUCCUAUCAAGAACAGUCGGACUCCACACCUUACUCUGCAACGCUAUUACAAACGUUAGGUCUUGCCGACGGAGGUGAUGCACAAGAUAAUGUUAAUAUAACGUCAGCCGAUGAUACUACGACAUCACCAUUGAGAAAUUCGUCCUUUCAAGCCUGUGGACGAUGGAUUUCAACGACGUUUCUUCGUUUACUACUGGUGUUAUCGUGCUGUUUACUUGCGUGUAUUUACCCUAUUGCCAUGCGUUUUUAUCUCAUUUAUUUUUCUGUACUUGUACCCUUGGUGUUCGCUGUGCUUAAUUAUUCUUUCGGACAAUUAACACCCAAUCAAGAACAGCAACAACAACAAGAGCAGCGGCAGCAGCAGAAUCGCCAGACACAAGCGCAACCAUCGAUAACUGUUGAAAACCAUCAUGCAGAUGCAACAAAUUCAGCAGCAAGAUCGUCGAUAGCGACGUAUAGUUCAUUGAAUCUGAAUAUUAGUAAAUCACCAGCAACAGUCACACCUCCUAUUAUAACGGAUCGAGAUGAACAAUUUGAAUUACGUUCAUCACUGAUAGGAAAUUUCUCGACUGAAAACGAAGAAACCUCGACAUACCGGUCGGGUUCAUCCACACCAAUAUCUGCUCAAAACAAUCGGCCGACAUCAGGACAAAACAAACGUAAAUACUUCGCAAAUCAUCUUUAUGAGAACACCCGAAGUCUUUUGGCGAAAUCGAAUGUUUGA